GCGCUAGUUAUAAUAAUAUUAUAACAAUGCGAGACCCCAUUAAUGAUAAUAUAAUCGGUUUUUGUGCGGAAGAAUCCAAGUCAGGUUCUUUCAAAGACAAGGACGAUGACAUUAGCCAAAUUCAUGUUUUAACAACGAAAACCGGCAUCAUGUCCUGUCAACUAAAUAUUUCCGAAAUCAAAAGAUCUCUUCCUCAAAAUAAGUAUGAUGAAAUGGACAUCGAAGAUUCACAGGCAAAAAUAAACAAAGAGUUGAAAUUCAUAUUGGAACAAGCGAUUUUUCUCAAGAGCGAUAACAACGUUCCGGUGGAAUGUACUUUAUCACCAGACUUCAGAGGAGAUAUUAAUCAGGUUGUCGUUGACAUUAGCGACGAAAUUUUGGAUUUGCGCAAGUAUUCAUUUUAUCCUCACUAUUUAGACAAUUUGAAUGAUUUGAAGGUCCAGCUCAACGAGAGAUGCAAUAAGAUGACUGCACUUGUUCAAUUCAUCAACAACAGUGGUAUUAUGGAUAAGCUUGCUUUUGAAGCGGCAUCUAAUUUCCGAAAAGGUGAAAAGGAUUUGUAUGCCAUAACGACGAAUGAUUCCAAAGGGUCUUGGACGUUUCAAUCUGAACUCUUGAAGGUUCUUCACCAGCAAUUUGAAGACACGGAUGCCGCAAUUAAAAGCUAUCAACUCCAAGCUUCCAAUAAAGGAUCUUAUUUAAUCAAGAAAAGUGAAAAUGUCCAACAACGGCAGGCUCCGAAUAUUGAUAAGCUCAAGGAUCAGUUAGUUGGACUUGCUGAUCUCCUAUUUGGAAUAACCGUUCAACGGUUAUACAGUGAUGACAUCAUGGAGAAGAGUCACGCGAAAAACUACCGUGAACAGUGGACAGAAAUCUUGAGAAAAUUGGUUCUCCAUGGAAAUGGAAUGGGCCUAAGAGCUCUCGAGCUCAGCGAGACCUAUGAGGAUUAUAAAUCGUUGGUCGUUCUAGUAAUGGAAUCGAAUUCGGAAACUGAUGAACUUAUUGAAGUCUAUAUGAAGAAAUACAAGGAAAAAUUCGCAUACAUGCUGUACGAAUGGUAUCUUAAACAAGAACGGUACGCCGAAUUAUUGAGUCAGCCGCAUGCCAUUGAACACAAAGAAUGGCUUCAAUCAUUUUUAAACGAACGAAACCUAAGAGGAAUUUCCUGGAUUCACGACAUAAAUAUGUGCGAAUAUGAUGAGGCUUCAAUUAAGACUCGUCAAUUGACUCUAAAAGAGAAACGAAUUGAGGACGUUAAAACAUUACUUAGCAUAAGCAAGCUGACUUAUCUGGCGGGAUUAGACAGUGAGGCGGACAUCCAAAGCGAAGAGGUGCAAAACACCAUUGAAGAAAUUGCAGAAAUUGAAAACGGAUUUGAACUUGUUAUCGCCUAUAAAGAAAUUCAAAAACAGUUCCUCGAUAUCAUUGUUACGUCCAACAAAAGAUUGGUUGAUGAGAAUGAACAAGCAACUACGGUUGCCGAUAACAUCAUUAAUGGUGUUCAAAAAUCAAGGCCCACCCUAGCAAAGUUGUUCAAGCAGUAUGUGCCAUACAUUUUACAAGGAGAAAAGAUCUCAACCGAAGAACUUAUUGAGGUCAUGACUCUCAGAGAAUGCAAGGAAAAAGAUGAUUUUCCUUUUGCAUUGCAAUUCACUUUAAAUGAUGAAACGUUACCCGAUGAUCGCCGUCGCGCAUUAGUUCAAACUAUAUGGCGAAGGAUUUAUAUUAACGAUAGGUGGGACUCCAUAUCAAACACAAAUGAUAUGUCUGAUGAUGAUGUAAAUGAACGAAUCAAGAAUACCGCUUUGUAUCACACCUUGGAAGUUAUCAGUACAAGAACUGACAUGCCAUUAUACCAAUGGUUUAGUCUUCCGGUCAACGCCUUCUUUGCAAGCACAACCGAACAAUUGCAAAGGAGAUUUCCCGAAUUCAACGCAGAGCAAAUAAAUAAAAUCAUUGAAGAUUACAAGGAAGAAAAUCGGGCGCUUGAAAAUAUUAUUCAACAUUAUCAAUUGAUCUCCCACGUAGAACAUGCCCUCAGAUUAUUAGACCUAAAAUCUUCAUUCGAUACCGAAGAAGAUUUGAUGGAUCCGAUGGAAGUUGUAGAAGAUAACACUUAA